AUGUCUCGUAUAUUUCCACAUGUUGUAAUAAAUGUUGUGUGCGGCUUCGAAUUCCUACAUGACAACGAAGAAGUGAAAGAAGUGAAAGAAGAAGUGAAAGAAGAAGUGAAAGAAGAAGUGAACGAUGAAGUGAAAGACGAAGUGAAAGACGAAGUGAAAGAAGAUGUGAAAGAAGAAGUGAAAGAAGAAGUGAAAGAAGAAGUGAAAGAAGACGUGAAAGAAGAAGUGAAAGAAGAAUUGAAAGAAGAAGUGAAAGAAGUAAAGACAAAUUGA